AUGAAAUUACUUGAAAUAGCUCUGAUUGCAGUAUUUGUGCAAAUGAUUGAAAGCAAUGUUACCCGAGAACAAAUUACGGACGAAGAAGCAAUAAGCGAAAACCUAAUGUCAUCAGAUGAUUGUGAGGAAAUAAUCGAUCUGGACGAAUCAGCCGAACAAAUAGAAUCAGAAAUAUCAACAACGCAAACCGCUAGCAUUACAAAAUCGGAUUCAUUAACUUCCACAGAAUCGAAAACCAGAAAUACACAGUAUAACACAAAAGCACCGAAAAUCUUAGAUCCUUCGAUUCUGAAGCCAAUAAUCUCAAUGCAUCGUACAACAGCCAUUUCAAAUCCGGAAAAGAUUGAAUCAUUAGCUGAAGAGAUAAAUUUGUCUACACUUUCUGAAAUUCUUCCAGAAUCAAAAUCUAACGAUUUAGAAAAUUCAACAUCAACAACACUGUUAGUAACUUCAGAAUCCUCUACACCUUCCGUUGCAUCAUUAUCAUCGAACAAAUUAGAAGAUAUUUCUGCUAUAUCUUAUGCCACAUUCCAAACUGGAAACGAUAUGACUGAUGACUCAAUCAGUUUAGAAAACGCGGAAAAUUUAGAAUUGCAAUUAUCAAUGAGUGAAAAGGACGGAAGAAAUGAAUCACAAAUAUCAGUUGUCGAUUCGCCAUGUCUAAAUGAGGAAGAAAGUAUUGCUUUUUGUCAAAAAACACUUACCUGCGAGAAAAAAUUAAAAUGGCAUGAAGUGAUGUGUCAACGACAAUAUGCAUAUCCAAAUUUAAUUCUCGGUUCAUCUCACUUUUAUAUGUUUACGAAUGAUAUCACUGUUGAUAUUGUUGUCAAGCCUAAUACAAAACUAUCCGAUAUAUCUGUUCAAGCCGAAAUUAUUACCAAUGCCGGAAUUGCUGGUGCAAUGGAAUCAGUAUCCAAAGCAUGCAUGAAGCCAAUAACAAGCGAUAUUUUACGACAGGCAAUCUGUGAAAAAACAAUGAUUGAUGAAGUGCAAAAUGAGAGGAACGAUAUUGAUAAGAGCAAAUUCAAUAAUUUAAAAACACGACAAAAUGCUUUUGAUUAUUGCGCAGCCAUAGUAGCACCAAUGAAAGAGCAAUGCGCAAAAUUAAAGCAAUGCUGUCCAAGUUAUGUCAG